GAAAAAACGUUUCUCCCUGUGGAAGGAGACGACCAAACUCCCCGACGCGGAGACUUUAUUCUUAAACUAAAUUAUCCUCUGCUAUCUCGUAUUCAAAGCUCUCUCUCGAUCAACGAUCUCUUCAUCAAAAAAAAAAAAAAUAAGCGAUUUUUAUUUAUUUAAUUUGGGUUUAUGCAUUUGCACAAAAAAGAAAGAUUGACUUUUUUUUUUGAAAAUAGCGUAGUAAUGAAGCACAUUCUGGGUUGGUUCCUUUUGAGUUAGAAGAAGACAUUGAUUUUGUCAAACUUACUUACCUUCUUGAUUUUUUUUUUUUUUUUUUAAAGAAAUUCCUUUACUCUUUUUUUUCUUUCCCUUUACUCUUUUUCUGUAAGAUUCUUAGAUUCUCCACCAAAGUUUUAAGCUAAAGGAGUUUCCUUUUUUAAAGAUUCUCCUUGUUGCGUUCAGUUUCUUGAUUCGAUCGUUUCGUGUAUCCUCAAAAGGCAGAGUAGAAAUCUUGUUUUAGAUAGAAGCAUACUGAGAUCUUCUCUGAUCCAGGUGAAAAGAAGUUUAGCUGCCUGAAUUGACUGAUAAGCAGAGAUAGAUAGUUAGUAGGAAUAGGCAAAGAUGGGUUGGUUUAAUAAGAUCUUUAAAAGCUCUACACAAAGGUUCCGGAUUGGGAAUGACCACAAUCAACAUGGCUAUUACAACAAUUAUCCACAUGAUGAGCCUAGUCCAGAUCCUGAUCCUGAUCCUGAUGAUACUCAUACUCAGGAACCUUCUACAUCUGAGGAGGAUACAUCUAAUGACCAGGAAAAUGAAGAGAUUGACCGUGCAAUCGCAUUGUCUCUUCUAGAGGAGAGUCAAGGACAGACUAAUACAAGCGCCAUGAAUGCAGGGAAGUACGCAAUGGUGGAUGAAGAUGAGCAACUAGCUAGAGCCAUACAAGAGAGUAUGGUAGUUGGGAAUAAUACACCGCGUCAGAAGCAUGGAAGUAGUUAUGAUAUUGGGAAUGCAUAUGGGAGUGGAGGAGAUGUAUACGGGAAUGGACAUAUGCAUGGAGGUGGAAAUGUUUAUGCCAAUGGAGAUAUUUAUUAUCCAAGACCUACUGCUUUUCCUAUGGAUUUCAGGAUUUGUGCUGGUUGUAAUAUGGAGAUUGGUCAUGGAAGGUUUCUGAAUUGCUUGAAUUCAUUAUGGCAUCCAGAAUGUUUUCGAUGUUAUGGCUGUAGGCACCCCAUUUCUGAGUACGAGUUCUCAACAUCUGGGAACUACCCUUUUCACAAAACUUGUUACAGAGAGAGAUACCAUCCAAAAUGUGAUGUCUGCAGCCACUUUAUUCCAACAAACCAUGCUGGUCUAAUUGAAUAUAGGGCACAUCCUUUUUGGGUCCAGAAGUAUUGUCCUUCUCACGAACACGAUGCUACCCCAAGAUGUUGCAGUUGUGAAAGAAUGGAGCCAAGGAAUACAGGAUAUGUUGAACUUAACGAUGGACGGAAACUUUGUCUCGAGUGUCUGGACUCAGCAGUGAUGGACACUUUUCAAUGCCAACCUCUGUAUCUGCAGAUACAAGAAUUCUAUGAAGGGCUUUUCAUGAAGGUAGAGCAGGACGUUCCACUUCUUUUAGUUGAGAGGCAAGCACUUAAUGAAGCCAGAGAAGGUGAAAAGAAUGGUCACUAUCACAUGCCAGAGACAAGAGGACUUUGCCUUUCAGAAGAACAAACUGUUAGCACUGUAAGAAAGAGAUCUAAGCAUGGGGCAGGAAACUGGGCUGGGAAUAUGGUUACAGAGCCUUACAAGUUAACACGUCAAUGCGAGGUCACUGCCAUUCUCAUCUUGUUUGGGCUCCCUAGGCUACUCACUGGUUCAAUUCUAGCUCAUGAGAUGAUGCACGCGUGGAUGCGGCUCAAAGGGUUUCGGACACUGAGCCAAGACGUGGAGGAAGGAAUAUGUCAAGUGAUGGCUCAUAAGUGGUUAGAAGCAGAGUUAGCUGCUGGUUCAAGAAACAGCAAUGCUGCAUCAUCAUCUUCAUCUUCUUCUUCUUCUAGAGGAGUGAAGAAGGGACCAAGAUCGCAGUAUGAGAGGAAGCUUGGUGAGUUUUUCAAGCACCAAAUCGAGUCUGAUGCUUCUCCGGUUUAUGGAGAUGGGUUCAGGGCAGGGAGGUUAGCGGUUAACAAGUAUGGUUUGGGAAAAACACUUGAGCAUAUACAGAUGACUGGUAGAUUCCCGGUUUAAGAACAAAGUCUAUUGUUUUUUCGAUUGUGGUACCCUCAUAUUCUUAAUGUGAUUGAAUUAUAGUUGUAAUCAUUCCAUGAUUCUUUUGUAUUUCUGUUAUCAGAUUCACAGAUGGUCCUA